AAUAUUAUAUGUAUAUAAAAUAACAAUAUUUUUAAAUAAUGAAUCGGCUACUGCUUCUGAGUACUGGCCCUUUAUAUCAUCCCUGAAUCUUUCAAAGCCUGUGAUCAAUCUCUUUCUAUCAUAUUCAUCGUCAACAUGGAAACGUUCAUGAUCAACUUGGUGAAUCGUUUACGUGUGACUCAGUUUCUCCUAACCAUAAUCAUAACGACCCUUCUGUACUCGCCGACAUGGCCAUUUAGCGCAGCCGCCGCAUCAACCACUACCCAGCUAGAGCUGCUCAAAGGGUUCAAGGCGACACCGGACCCUUCAACGACGCCGUUUCAAGCUCUCCUUCAAGACUCGUCUAACAACUUUGCUUUCGGUUUCCUCCGAACCAACGAGACCUUACUAACUGUGGCGGUGAUUCAUUUACCAUCUUAUGAGCCUCUAUGGGUGGCGAACCCGACUCGUUUUGCUCAGUGGUCCGACACCACUCAGCUUAGCUUCAAUGGUAGUCUCGUGCUUUCGGAUCCUCGGUCGAAGGUGUUUUGGUCAACCGGAACACAAGGAGAUCGAGUUGUGCUACUCAACUCGUCCAAUCUGCAAAUUAUACAGAGCCUAGGCGGCGAGUCGGCGACUCAGUCUGCUCUGUGGCAAAGUUUUGACUUUCCCACGAAUACUCUAGUGGAGAACCAAAACCUCACAGAUAAAAUGGCUCUAGUUUCGUCGAACGGGAAGUACUCCAUGAGGCUAGGAGAAGACUUUUGGGGUCUAUACGCUGCGUUUAGACAAGGGUCGGACAAAAAUUAUUAUAAGCAUACAGCCAUGGAAGUCAAAGCCCAGAUAGUUAAAGGAAAAGGUCCGAUUUACGCCCAAAUCAACUCCGACGGGUACCUGGGCAUGUAUCAACUCGGAACCAGACCCCCGGUUGACAUACUACCCUUUACGAGCUUUCAAAGACGCGUGAAUGGGCUCCUCCGGCUCCGGUUAGAACCCGAUGGUAAUCUCAAAGGGUACUACUGGGACGGGUCUAACUGGGUCUUGAACUAUCAAGCGAUUUCCGAGCCAUGCGAGCUUCCGAGUCCGUGCGGCUCCUACGGGUUCUGCAAACCCGGGUCGGGUUGCUCGUGUUUGGACAACCGAACGGAUUUCAAUUCGGGUCAGUGCUUUCGGGGUGUCUCGGCCGGGGACUUCUGCGGCGAUGACGUGACCGAAAAGAACUUCUGGGUUUUGAGAAGAGAAGGUGUGGAGUUGCCGUACAAGGAGUUGAUGAGUUAUAAAACGACGUCGUCUCUGGAGCAGUGCGAGAGUUUGUGUGAGCGGAGUUGCAGUUGUUGGGGCGCCGUGUACAGUAACGGAUCCGGGUUUUGUUACACAUUGGAUUACCCGAUCCAAACUCUGUUGAGCGUAGGGGACCAGAGUAAGAUGGGUUACUUUAAAGUGAGGAUAAGUCCACGGAGACAUAGAGUGGGGGUGCUUUUCAGAGCCAUGAUUGGGGUUUUGACUGGGAUAGUUGCUGUUUUGGUGGGAUUUAUUGGAUUUGUGGUAUACAAGAAGUGGAUGAAAAGGAGAGGACAAAAGAGGUUCUUAGAAGAAGGAACGGGUGGGGCUUCACCCGGCCCGUAUAAAGAUCUCGGAUCCGCAAGUUUUAGGUCACUAGAGAUGUGUAGCAGAUAGAUUUAGGUUCGUGGAGAUAAAAUAAUGAUGGAGAAAAAUGAGAAUGACGUAAGGGAUGACAUUUUUUGGUUUGGGUUUGGGAUUGGAGAUUUGAGUUUGACUGACAAUGAUGUUAUUCAUUGGGUGAUAAUACUCACUAAGACCAGUUUAGUGGUUUGUGGGGCCUGGUUAAUCUUUGUUUUACUUAAUUGUUUUUAGAGAGGUGGACCCUAGAUCACCCUUAUUGUUUUUAGACUAUAUAUAGUCUAUUGUAUAAUGAUCUUAAAAAAAUAUAUAAGUGCGCUCAUUUGGAAUUGCA